AUGCCAGAUAUAGACUUUCGCGUACUAGAGGAUAGAGCCAUUGACGUUGAUCCAGACAUUAGGUUUAUGGCAUUGGAGGAUCUACGUAAAUUCCUUACUGAUGAGACUGUAACCACCAGCAGAAGCGCCAUCAAUCAAUCAUUAAACAAUUUGAUCCCCAUUCUUUUGAAAAUGUUGAACGACCCCAACCCCGAUGUUCAAAACCAAGCAGUGAAAUCAUUCGAGCCAAUGGUUAGGUACUUGAACGAUGACUCCAUUGUUAAAUUGAUCAAGAAAUUGUUUGCCUUGGUGCAAGAAAGUAACAAUAAGGAUACGUCUUCGUCAAGAACAACAACCAAUUUUAGAAGCUUUACAAUUUCAAUUCCCAACAUGGCUUUGCGGUCGUUAUUUGCUCAAUCCAAUUCAAGAGCCAAGUCUGAUUUUGUUUCCGAUAAAUUGUCAAUGUCAAAUUAUAAAUAUGAUCGAGAAUUAUCAGAAUCGAUAACUAAUUUUCUUAUCCCAUUGAUUUUGGACAAUGAUACUACAAUUGAUAAUAUCGAGCUAUUGAUUGAUUUGAUUAACGAAUUGGGAUACGUACUUUCACAAGAAGAGUUGGUAAAAUUGGGGAAAUACUUCAUCAAUGUGGGGUUCAAAGAGCUGGGAAUUAUUGGUAAAAAGGCAAUAGUUGGACUCGAAGGAGUUACCAUUUUGAUUCGAUCAGCGGUUGCCAUUGAUCGAUUAGUUGAUGAGAUAUUGAACCAGGUUCAACAAUCGAAAUUAAACAACAAACACUUUGUUUUGUAUCAAUUAUAUUCAGUCAUUUUGAAAAGAGGUCUUAAACCAGACAAGAUUGAUCAGAUUUAUGAGACAGUGAAAUUAGAAAUAGAGUCGUCCGCUACCGGUAAUGAUAACGAGGACUUGGAUUAUGAUCUUCUUGAACAGCUGAAUGCUUUAAAAGAGGAGGCAUUUACUACAUUAAUUGACUUGGAGAAACAAAACUUUUUAUCUACAACAUUCAAAGGUGAAGUUCUUGCUAUAAUCACCAAGUAUCUCAAAUAUAAUCCAUUGCAUGAUGAUAGUGACGAAGACAUUGAUUCCGAUGGUUACGAUGAGAUUGAUUUUAGUGACGAUGAAAUCGAAGCUGGCGAUGAUCUGGAUUACGACAAUUCGUGGAAGUUGAGAGCUAAAGCUACCAUAUUAAUUCGUUCCUUACUUGCCAGUUUCCCUGACACUUUGGAAAUAUUGUCGAGACAAGUAUUGCCGAUAUUACCACUUAGAGAUUCAAACGAUCAGGUUGUUAUUGAAGCGGCUAAAUCGUGCAUUGCAAUCGUGCAGGCUACAUCACCACGAGACUCACAGAAUGUGCAAAGUAUUGGCCUGAUAUUGCGUGAUCGUUUAGAAGAUGUCAAGGAAGAACAGUUGCCGUUAUUUCUUCGUAUUGUUGAGAGUUUAAAUCGAUUUGACAAUUUACCAUUGAUUGAAGCCACUUUUGACAUAUUGAGCCAGAGAAAUGUAAUCUCCUCGGGAUCGUUAGACUAUUUGCAAUUCUACUCCAGUGUCUUGAAGUUCCACAAUAAUUUAAAUGCCAAUGCAAUUGAACGUGUCUCGAAAGAUCUUGCAACCAAUCUUGAAGACAAGUCCUUUAAUUUGAUUUUGGAAACUCUAAGAGGUCUCAGUAUACUUUUCAAACACAAGGAUGCGUCAAAGAUACCAAACAUUGACAACAUAUUGAGUUCAUUAAUGGAUAAAGUGGUGAAUAGUAAACAAUACCCUAGUGAUUUGGUACGCCUUGCCAUUUCGUGUCUUGGUGAAGCAUUGGCAAAUAAUUUGGUUUCAUCGGAUGACAGAAUAUUGGAUGUUUUCAAAACGUCAAUUGGUUACGAAGGAACAAGUAAAGUGACUAUUGAUGUGCUUAAAAACUUGUACCAUUUGAAGCCAAUACCUCAAGAUUACUCCUUGUUUAUUAUCGACAAAUUGACCAACUACAUCCUUUCAAGCAAUGAAGCAACUUCAUUAGCUACAUUAACGUUACUAGACCAAAUUGUUCAUCAAUUACCUGCAAGAAAAUACGACGACAUAAUUUCCAAUUUGUUGCAGUUACUUCGUGUCACCAGUCCUUUAAACUAUCAGUACAUUUUCCUGAUUUUUAACCACUUGUCAAAUGAAAUCAUUCGCGAUGAUGAGUACCGUACUCAAUUGGUGCAAAUAUUGAUACAGUUGGUUAAUGAUAAAAAGAUUACUGGCGAUGACGAGGUGUUUUUCCAGUUGGUUAAAGCUGCAUGCCAGUUGGAUAAAUUUGUUUAUUCCCAAUUGGAGCAGAAUUUAUCUGCUAAUGUUCCAAUAACGCCCAAGAUCUUGGCUGUUUGUGUUGAUAAUGAAACUAGGGAUGAAUUGAUUAGUGCAAGGCUGAAUGAAUUCCGCAAUUACUACACUGGCGAUAUCAAUAGUGCCAAAUUUGCCUUUGUGAUUUUAUUUUUAGCCUUUUCACAAACUGAAGUGCCUGAUUUACUGGUUAAUUCUUUGAUUGAACUUUUGCAAAAGCCCAACUUUACCAAUGAUGCAAAUGUGCAAGCAGCAUCAACUGCAUUAGGGUUAGUUGCGGAGAAUGAUACUGCCACUGCAAUACCUCGCAUACUUGAUGCAUAUAAGCAAGAAGCUCUGUCGUCAAUACGGGGGUCGUUGAUUGAUUCAUUAAAGGUGCUUAUUGAUCAAUGUGAUGACAUACAAAAAUUGCAAAUUUGGCAAACUGUCUUUGCCUUGCAGGUUGAUUAUAAUCAUGAUUUGAUCCCUGAAUUGAGAAAAUCGGGUGAGUUGCUUGGUUCAAUUGCAUUUUCCAUCAAUGAAGCCGAGAUUAGACAAGCUGUUGAGGGACAAUCAAAUCAGAGAAAGAUUUAUCUUGUCUUGGUAGUUUCCAAGUCUUUAAUCAGUGGCCUUGAGCUGUCAAACACCAGUGAUAGAUUAUUAACUUACUUAGUAACGGCAUCAAUCAACUGGCUCGACAUCGUUGAUGUUGAUAUUAGACAAAUUGUUGUUGGUAAUUUACUAACUGGUAUUCACAGUAAACCAAAUAUCAUUCUACCACUUUUGAACGAUUUGAUUUUACCUCAAUUAUAUAAGCAGCUUACAGCAGAAAAGGCAUUCAAGAAGAUCAUUACUAUGGGUCCAUAUAAAUAUGUUCUUGAUCAAGGUUUGGAGAUUAGAAAAUUGUGCUAUGAAUUUAUUUAUUCAAUCUUGGCCAUUGAUGAAACAACACUUGACAAGUAUAACAUCAAUGUGCAAUUAAUUGCUCAGAAUAUAAUUGAGAAGGGACUAAUUGAUGAUCAAUCAGAUAUAAUCGUUCUAGCAUGUUUGAACUUGUUGAAUUUCCUUGAUUUGCAUGAAUCACAGUUUAAGGAAUUGAUCAAAAGUUCAAAUCAAGAGUUGACGGAUAAUUUAAUCAAUGGGUUGAAUGUUCAAUUGAACAAGAAAUUAUCAGCUAAAGCAUCAUCGCAAGAAACUGAAAAUCAUCAAGAGCGAAUCAAGUCAAUAAUUAGAUUAUCGAAAAAGAUUAAUACCGUGUUUGAAGCAUUACAAUCGGAGUUCGAUAAUUUGGGUGUAUUUGAUGCUUGGAACCAGUAUCAUAAUGGUAUCAAGCAAAAUUUCACCGUUUUCUACAAUAGUGCCAAAAGUUAG